UUUCAACACAAUUUUUUUUUCGAAAAUAAUCAUCUGGUAUGGCAUCACCGAAGGCCACGUCAAUUUUUGCUGAAAAAUUUGUGUCCAAUUGCUAAUUCUUUUUUUAAUCUCUUUCGUUCUCUUUGCAUUUUGCUUUGCAUUUGCAGUUCAAUGAAAAUUUAUCGGACCAAUUUUGUGGUGUCAGUUUAUUAAUUUUCCGAAUUAAUUAAAUUUAUUUAACCUUAUAUAUCUGUAGAACGUUUGUCGCCUGGUUCUCAAAAGGUGGUGAUAAAAAAUUUCGCUGAACAAAAGCAGCGAAGAAAAGUGUGUAUUUAGUUCUAUGAAUUAAGCAAAGCCUAAACUCAAUAUGUCUGGCUAUGCGAAUACGAAUUACGGCCCUCCGCCAAUGGGGCAAUCAAAUUUGAUGAAUGGCUUACCAGCAGCGUCACAACAUCCUCCCGGUGCACCAGGAGCGACUGCCGGCAUUGUCGCACCGCCACCGUCAUUCUCAACGGCUGAGCAGCAGUUUCAACAACAACAGCAAAUAUUACAACAAAAACAGCAAUUGCAACAACAACAACAACAGCAGCAACCGCCUCAGUUGUUGUUGAGUCAACCCGGUAUAGGAUUACAAAGUAAUAUGAGUAAAUUUUUGCCACCAACAUCUAAUGUAGCUAAUGGACCAGCACCAGCAAGACCCCUAACAGCAGCUACAACGGCAUCGCAAGCUCCAGUCAGCAAUUUGCCACCGCAUAUGAGACCGCCUGGCAUGAAUAGUACACCUGUUGGUGGUGGUGGUAGUGUGCCUCUAACUAACGGAGGUGGUGGCAGCGGUGAUUUGAGUACAAAUUCCUCGCGUACAGCAUCACCAUCGUUGGCACAGCAGACGCAGUAUGGUGCACAUGCAGCGAGGCCGCCACUAAGUCAAGCGCCUAGUGGUAAUGUGACACCCACUAAUCCGCAAUACGCCGCAGCCGCCAGUGUGCAAGGACUGUCGGGCAGUAUGCAGAACUUAAGUAUUAAUCGUAACAAUGGUAUGCCGGCAGCAAAUACAAACCCGUCACAACAACAGUCAUUUCCUCAAAAUUAUCAGGACAAUUUCCGCACGAAUGCCAUGAAUGCACCUACACCAUUGGCUACACAACCACCAGGAGCGCAAGCAAACAUGCCGCCGCCAAUCUCAUCAGCGCCUUUUGCCGGUAUUAGACCAUUGCAACCGCCAACUACACCUACAGCAAACACUUCCCAUAGCCAAACUGCACCAACGCAAACUUUGAACUCUACAGCUGGAGUACCACCAACGUCAACACAAUAUCCCCUUCCACCAGCUAGUAAUGCAGCUAUGUUUGGCACAUCGCGUGCACCGCCUUUGGUAGCGAAUGCAUCGCUGGGCGGACAACAGCAAGCCUUACCACUUUCAAAUGCAAACUAUGCUCCCGGCUCGACAACUGGCACGACACAGCCACCGUUGCCAACUGCUAGUGUUGCACAACAACAAAAUCAGUUGAAUAAUAAUACGCAGCAGCAGGGUUCGACGCAACGCAGGCCAAUGUAUCCAACUGGUCCGAUGCCACCAAUGCCAGGCACGGCUUUAGCGCAACAACAGCAACAGCAACAGGCACAGCAGCCAUAUGGACAAGUGUAUCAACAACCACAACAACAACAGCAGCAGCAGCAGCCACCCCAACCCCAACCAGGUCUAUUUAAUGGUCAGCCAAAUACAGCACCUCUGCAAUACCAAUCGCAGCCUUACAUGCAGCAACCAUCGCCGCAACAAGUACUGCAGAAACACUAUCCACCACAACAACAACAACAGCAGCAGCAACAAAAUUAUCCAACACCAAGUGGCGGUGCUUAUAAUCAACAAAUGAGCGUUACACAGGCGGGUUUCAGUCGUCUAUGGGGACAAGAUACCAUUGAUCUGAUGCAAAAUCGUCAUAUUUUAUCGCCAGCCACUUUGCAACCCCCACGUAUUGUGCUUAACAAUCAAUUUCACGAAUCGAUUAAUUGUAAUCAGCACAUUAUGCGCUGUACUAUGGCCAAAAUACCAGAGAGCAAUUCUUUGCUGCAAAAGUCUCGUUUGCCAUUGGGCAUAUUGAUUCAUCCAUUCCGUGAUAUUAAUAGUUUACCAGUAAUUCAAUGUCCUAGUAUUGUGCGUUGUCGCCUAUGUCGCACUUACAUAAAUCCUUUUGUAUAUUUUGUAGACAGUAAAAUGUGGAAGUGCAAUCUUUGUUAUCGAGUUAACGAGUUGCCAGAUGAUUUCCAAUAUGAUCCAGCAACGAAAACUUAUGGCGAUGUCACACGUCGUCCAGAGGUCCGUUCGAGUACCAUUGAAUUUAUUGCGCCCUCUGAAUAUAUGUUACGCCCACCACAACCUGCCGUCUAUUUGUUCCUUUUCGAUGUGUCCAUCAUAGCCCAACAAAGUGGCUAUCUUGAGAAUAUCUGUGCUUUGCUGAACAACCACUUGGAUGGUAUGCCUGGCGAUGCACGCACACAAAUUGGUUUUAUUGCCUACAAUAGUCAGGUGCAUUUCUACAGCAUGGCUGAGGGUUAUAAUCAGCCGCACGAAUUGACUUUGAUCGAUAUUGACGAUCCAUUUUUGCCACGACCUGACAAUCUGUUGGUGAACUUGAAGGAGUGUAGGGAGUUAGUAAGUGAUUUACUAACACAACUACCGUCACGUUUCGCCGAUACGCAUGAUCCGGGCUCGGCACUGGGUGCUGCUUUGCAAGUUGCUUAUAAGUUGAUGCAAUCUCAUGGCGGUCGGGUAACUGUUUUCCAAACGUGCCUUCCCAAUAAGGGACCUGGUUCGUUGGAACCGCGUGAAGAUCCUAAUAAUCGCUCCGCAAAGGAUGUAGCUCAUUUAAAUCCAGCUACAGAUUUCUAUAAACGUUAUGCUCUAGAAUGUUCGGCCUAUCAAAUAGCUGUGGAUUUGUUUUUGUUAAAUCAACAGUACAGUGAUUUGGCAACGAUAUCGGGUAUUAGCAAACAUAGCGGCGGCUGCGUAUAUCAUUUUCCACUUUAUCAGAAAACAAAGCUGCCAGCAGUGGAAUCAUUAAAACAGUGUUUCAAACGUUAUUUGGUGCGUAAAAUCGGUUUUGAGGCUGUCAUGCGUAUACGCUGUACGCGCGGUUUGCAGGUGCACACAUUCCAUGGCAAUUUCUUUGUGCGCUCAACUGAUUUGCUAUCGUUACCAAAUGUCAAUCCGGAUGCUGGUUAUGGCAUGCAGAUAUCUUACGAUGAGUCCUUAAGUGAAGCGAAAACGGUUUGCUUCCAAGCAGCUCUACUCUAUACAAAUAGUGAUGGUGAACGUCGUAUACGUGUGCAUACAAUGUGCCUACCCGUAACUUCUUCACUGCCUGAAGUUAUGCAUGCCGCCGAUACGGAAGCCAUAAUUUCAUUGCUUUCGAAAAUGGCUGUUGAUCGUUCGCUGACGUCAAAUGUGGCCGAUGCACGUGAGGCGUUCAUAAAUGCAACUGUAGAUAUAUUUAAUGCAUUUAAAAUUGCACAAAAUCUACCAUCAGGCCAAACUGGUCAAUUGAUUGCGCCGCGAAGUUUAGCAUUGUUACCAAUAUAUAUAUCGGCAUUACUCAAACAUCCCGCUUUUCGUAUAGGCACAAGCACACGACUCGAUGAUCGUGUAUAUGCUAUGGAUUGUAUGAAAUCAUUGCCAUUGGAUCAGUUAAUGAAAUUUAUUUACCCUGAAUUUUAUUUAAUUGACUCACUGUUUUAUCCGCAAACUAAAACGCAGGAAGAAGAUGACGAUGAUGAUGUACCGGAAUUGCCACGUUUACAGCUAUCAGCGGAGUUCUUGGAUUCACGUUCAAUAUUUCUGUUGGAUUGUGGCCAUUUAAUUAUCUUAUAUGUUGGUCUAAAUGCACCCGCGAGUGUGCUGGAAGAUAUAUUUGGUGUUAAAUCGACAGCAGAAAUUCCUGAUUAUUCCUAUGGAUUGCCAAAUUUGGAAAGUACAGCUAGUGCAACAUUAAAGAAAUUUAUUUUGCAUUUGAAUGACGAUAAACCAUAUACGCCAUUGAUACAGAUUAUAAGGGACACAAGCACGGCCAAGCCGCAAUUUAUUGAGAAAUUAGUCGAUGAUCGUAGUGAAUCUAGUUUAUCGUAUUAUGAAUUUUUGCAACAUAUACGGACUCAGGUUAAAUAGUAUUUUGUAAGUGGAAAUUAAACGGAUUAAUUGAUUAUAAUAAUAAUAAUAAUACCAAUAAAAAUAAUAAUAAUAAAA